AUGGCACCUGAUGUAGCUGGCAACAAUGGUACAGGCGUGGAGAGACUAUUGGAGUACUACCGCCUUCUGGCAUUUUACUUGCCAGACUGUGAAACCCGAAUAGUACGAAUGGAGAUCGUUGAAGACAUGGUAUUUGUGACCACAACCGUACAGAUUACUAUCACCGCCAAUGCACUCCAACGAGCAUUUCCGCACAUGGAACCUGGUGCCGAGCAAAAUGAGUGGCCGUUAGUUGCCAAGAAGUUGCUCGGAAAGCAAAUUGUAAUGCGCGGGUCGACACGUUUCAUGUGGGAUAGCACCACCCAACAUGUCACGCUUCUGCAGUCAUCGGCGGACCUACUGAGCUCGAUUUUACGACUGUUGGGUGAUAUCCGAUCUGUCUGCAAUGCUUUCGGCGAGGCACGUAUUACACCAGACUGCACGUUGACUCGUCCGCUUACGUGGUGAGGAAGCGAUUGCUAUAGGUACCUGUAUUACAUGUCCUGUAGCAGAGUGAUGUCAGAUCAUUUUGGGUAGCAGACAUGGACGCUAUUGGGAGUUGGCAAGGUGAUGGAAGGCAUUUGCCGCCAAGUUUAUUAACUGUUGGAUUCAACCUCUAGUGUGGACUUUGCAACUAAACUAUUCAAUCUCUCUCCACACGAAGCUUGCAAGACAGACUCCCUCCGGCUACUCGCCUGGAUCUGGGAUUCCAGUUGCGUCUCCCCAGCCGACAGGACUCCUGGAUGGAAGCUCCCCAAUUAUCUUCGCUCAGAUACUCCCUAAUACCGCUCCGAAUUCGUGCUUGAAUUGGAUGUAGCCGCUGAGCGCAAUGACCUC